AUUAUUCUAUCCCGACGGAAGGGGAAGAGCCAGCUGCAGCAGCCAGUGCAUAGCCUAACACAGACGAGGGAUUGUGCAUUGUGGUGCAUGGCAGUCGCAGGUCUCUUAUCACAGAUCCCUGCGUGCUCCUGACCGUCCUCACCUUCCCAAAUAACACUCUGGAUCCGGAUCAUGCCCCCCACUGAGCUGCAAUGGAUCUUGCCUUGGGGGAUCACAAGCUGGGGGGGUUACUGAGCUUUUGAAACCAGGUUGCUCUGCGCUGCAUGCAGAAGGAUUGCUCUGGGGGGUCGCACAGCCCAUCCCUGCCUUGGCUCUCUGUCUGUGAAUAGGAGGAGAGAGUGAUUGCCUAGAGAGAGAACCAUACAGGGGGUCUUCUGCUCCUCUACAGUGCUGCUCCUGGUGGAUUCCCCCCCCCCUCACCCUGACAAUGGAGGCUGUGAUAGAGAAGGAGUGCAGUGCUCUAGGAGGUCUAUUCCAGACCAUCAUCAGUGACAUGAAGGGAAGUUAUCCGGUUUGGGAAGAUUUCAUCAACAAAGCUGGAAAACUCCAGUCUCAGCUUCGCACUACGGUGGUGGCUGCCGCAGCAUUCCUGGAUGCCUUCCAAAAAGUAGCCGACAUGGCCACAAAUACUCGGGGGGCAACAAGGGAAGUUGGUUCUGCUCUGACCAGAAUGUGCAUGAGACACCGGAGCAUAGAGUCCAAGCUCAGACAGUUUUCAAGCGCACUGAUCGACUGCCUGAUCAACCCACUACAAGAACAGGUGGAAGAGUGGAAGAAAGUCGCUAAUCAACUAGACAAGGACCAUGCGAAAGAAUACAAAAAAGCCCGUCAAGAAAUCAAGAAGAAGUCUUCAGACACGCUUAAGCUGCAGAAGAAAGCUAAGAAAGGGAGAGGAGACAUUCAGCCCCAGCUGGACAGCGCCCUGCAAGACGUCAAUGACAAGUAUUUGCUCCUGGAAGAAACUGAGAAGCAGGCGGUGAGGAAAGCCCUGAUUGAGGAGCGCAGCCGCUUCUGUUCCUUCAUCUCCAUGCUCCGGCCCGUCAUAGAGGAGGAGAUCUCAAUGCUGGGAGAGAUCACACACUUACAAACAAUAUCUGAGGACCUAAAGACUCUCACCAUGGAUCCCCACAAAUUACCUUCUGCCAGUGAACAGGUGAUUCAUGAUUUAAAAGGCUCAGACUACACUUGGUCUUACCAGACUCCACCGUCUUCUCCGAGUACCACUAUGUCUCGCAAGUCCAGUGUCUGCAGCAGUUUGAACAGCGUUAACAGUAGUGACUCCAGAUCGAGUGGCUCCCACUCACACUCACCCACUUCACACUAUCGCUAUCGCAGCUCCAAUCUGCCUCAGCAGGCGCCAAUGAGGCUGUCCAGCGUCUCUUCACAUGAUUCCGGCUUCAUUUCCCAGGAUGCCUUUCAGUCAAAGUCUCCGUCCCCCAUGCCGCCUGAAGCCGUCAACCAGAAUUCGUCCAGCUCAGCCUCGUCAGAAGCGUCCGAGACCUGCCAGUCAGUCAGUGAGUGCAGUUCGCCUACUUCCGUGAGCUCUGGUUCCACAAUGGGAGCGUGGGCCUCGACUGACAAGUUAUCUAAUGGGUUUUAUCACUAUAGCGUGUCCCAUGACCUGACUGCAUCAGGUCCUUUCACCCAUUUCCCGCUCCCAGCCUCCCGUCCCUGGACACGCUGUAGCUCAGAAAGCCGCAACUAUUACACCAUUGGGCCGGGCAUGUUACCAUCAUCUAAGAUCCUCAGCUGGAAGGACUGGGCUAAGCCAGGUCCAUACGACCAGCCUACGGUGAACACACUUCAGAGGCGCAAACGCGAAGCCGAUCCUUCUGGAGGAGCCCAAUUUGCGACUCCAGGGCAGACUGAGGAGCCUCUAUCGCCCCGGAUCUCACGUGUACCGGCAUCAUCCAGGCAGCAAGGAGAGGAGCCGGAGAACUGCGAUGAGCUGGCCCUAGCGCUGAGCAGGGGCCUACAGCUGGACACGCAGCGGAGCAGCAGAGACUCCCUACAAUGUUCUAGUGGUUACAGCACCCAGACUACAACACCGUGCUGCUCGGAAGACACUAUCCCCUCCCAAGUUUCAGAUUAUGAUUACUUCUCAGUGAGCGGAGACCAGGAGCCAGAGCAACAGGAUUUUGAUAAAUCGUCCACCAUUCCCAGAAACAGUGAUAUCAGCCAGUCAUACAGGAGAAUGUUCCAAGCCAAGCGUCCAGCCUCCACUGCCGGACUGCCAGCCACCUUCGGGCCUGUAAUAGUUACUCCCGGUGUGGCUACCAUCCGAAGGACACCAUCCACCAAACCGUCAGUGAGACGUGGCACUAUCGGGGGUGGCCCCAUUCCAAUAAAGACACCAGUUAUCCCCGUCAAAACCCCCACAGUGCCGGACAUGCCAGCUGGGCUGCCCGGUGGCACUAGUGAGGAAAGCCCGGAGCAAACGCUCGAUUCUCCUUCUGUCGCCGAGGGACCCGGGUUUACUGGCGAAAUGUGGAGCGGCCAGGCUUCAGUAAACCCGCCAGUUGGAGGUCCAAAUGGCAUGAUCGCUGAAGAGCAGAGACCAGGACGGCAGGAAAAUGAACAAGAGGAAGAUGAACAGGAUGGAAACUUCCUUCCCGACUCCACAGCCCAGGCUGACCUUGAGGCGAUGGAAUCCGUUCCAGAUGACUCCCCUCAAGGUGGCGAUAUGCUAAACGCAAUUCGCCGUGGAGUGAAACUUAAGAAAACCACUACAAAUGACCGCUCGGCCCCUCGUCUCUCCUAGGAGAAUCGGCCGAGUGGAAGGAACUGCACCCUGACACUUAUCUUAAUCCAUUCCAGUCUGUGAUCAGCGGAUUUUGUAGGAACCUGCACAGGGGUGACAAACAUACUCUUAAUGAAAAAUAUAAUUGAUGAGUAAAGUAGAGAAAGGAUUAAUAUCUGUUCCGAUGUUCCAAUAUUGUAAAUAGUAAUUUUACUUCUGCACAUAAUUAAUACUUUUUAUGUUUUGGGUUGUUUUUUCCCCCCAUUUUUUAAUUUUUCUAAUUUGUUUAGAUUUUCUCCAUAAAGUGCCAAAUCCAUAUUAUAAUUUUAAAGAUGUCUUUAUAAAGUUUUAAAACAUUUGAAGGGAUUAAAAGAGAGAGAACAAGUUUGUAUUCGUAGAAGGACUGAUGUUCUGUUUCUUCCCCCCCCCCCCAAACGUUGAAUAGAUCAAGACUAGGCAACUUGUUUGACACGAAAGGGCAACGUAGGUCGGCAACAGCCCCCGGGCGACUUAGGCAAACACAAGGCGUAGAACACCUUAGUGUCGCAGUGGCUGAACUUGCCCUAUACAAAAAGAACGGUCUACAUUUUUUUUUUAUUAUUAUUAUUUUAAAUACUUUUUGGGGGGAGAUUUUUCGUUGAUUGUUUUUUAAACUGAUAUUAUAAGUUAUUAACAAUAAGAGCAAUAUACAAAAAUGAAACAAAAAAAAAAAAGUUUUAGCAUGUAACCAGGGGAAUUAAGGGGUGAAGAGUACCAUUAUAGCAUAUUUUGUCACACGCAUCCCACCUGUAAUCUAGACAUUAAUGCUUGCAGCUCCAUGAUAACUAGUUCCAGAUAAGCCAUACCAGAUGACAGUGUUCCUGUUUUAUCGUGUGACUUUCACCAUACUUUAUAAAAAAAUAUAUAAAAAACUCUAACACAAAAAACACCAUCUUCUCAGUUGUAGUUUUUAAACCCAGCAUGCCACUUCUAUUAUCCCUAUUGUAUAAACUCUUGUGGCCCCCGGAUUGGGUAAGGCAGGGCUUUACCGGCUAGAGAACCCUGCUUUCAGUGGUGCACACUACCUACACUUGAUGAAGGCAGCCAUUUUGUGGGCGGAGCCAAUACUCUGCUUAUGUACAAAAGGGAAGGUUACUCUAAGAAUGGGGCAAUCCAAUUUUACGAAACAGAUAAAUGUAUUGUUUUUCUCCUGCAAGGAAUAAAAAGAAUAGAUACAUUAAAAAAAUAUGCAAAGGAAAUGAAAUUAAAAUUUACAGAUUUUUGUUUUAAUAAUCAUUAAAAUCUCAGCAAAAUAUUUUUUAAAAUAUGUAGUGCGAAUUUAAGGUAAUUGGGGCACUGAUAAACAAACUGUAGACCUCUAGCUGAAGGGCAGACUAGAUGGGCAAAGAGGUUCUUAUCUGCCAUCAAAAUCUAUUGCCAAGAUUUAUCAAGCCUUGGAGAGAUAUAAAUAGUACAGUGAUAAAGUACCAACCAAUCAGCUCCUAACUGUCAUUUUUCAAGCACAGCCUGUAACAUGGAACAUAGGAGCUGAUUAUUUGGUACUUUACCACUGUGCUAUUUAUCACUCUCCAAGGCUUGGUAAAUGAACCCCUAUGUGUCUAGCUGCAUUAUGAGUAAUGCAGCUAGACACAUAUACAUCGCCCCACCUAGCUUCUGCUUUAGAUGUUCCAUAUUACGAAUAUAAGCCACCCACACACAAAUAAUUAUAACCUGCUGUGAUUGGGGCCGUAAUGAAUGGUGUGCGACCGGUGCUGCUGCUGGUGCCCAGGGCGCAAGAUCACGGCUGCUGGAACCGUCGCCGGCCAGUCUGGAACUUUUUACAGCUUGCGGGGUUCCAGGAGAGGGAUGCCAUCCCCUGGAAAUGCACAGAGCAUGUCCAUAGGACGCUGUCUGCACCAGUCUUCCGGGUCCCCACUGUUUUAUUCUGUAACCUGUGCGAUGGAAGGGUGGGUGGCAGUGGGGCCCUCCUCCAGCUUUGCUAUUGGAAUGAAUGGAGACCCAGACAAGAUACUGGGCUGUGAAUGUCUAAACACAAACCAAGAUGACUUUGCUUAAUCUGCGCCCUAAUUUGAAUGAUUGGAAGAAGUGGCCAUUCCUUCAUAAACGUUAGCUAGCCAUGCACUUCAUUAUCUUUCCUUAGGCGUAAUAGAUGGGUGUAGUAUGGUAUGCCGGCGGCCAGCGUACCGGCGCCUGCAUACCGACAGCAAAAAUGUAUUAAACAGAGUUUUUGUACAUUGAGCCAUCAAAAAACAAAGGUUUCACUAUCUCAGUCUUACUCAAAAAAUUCCGUAUUUCGGAAUAUUUGGAUAUGGGAUACUCAACCUGUAUUAUAAUAUUUAUCUGCUAUGUAGAUUUUAAUGAUUAUACAUGAAACUGUAAUUUAUUUUAUUUCGUUGGCAGUCGCCCAGAACCCUAUAUUCAUAUACUGUAGUCAUUCCUUGGGUGACAAAAACAAUAAAUAUAUCUGUUCCCUAAAAUAAGAGUGCCCUGCUUUUUGGAUAACCUUUCUCCUUUCGGUUACUACAAUUCUAGGAAGCAGAAUCGUAUAAGAACUAUUAUACGAUUAUAUGAGUACUGGUAUUCUCAGCCUUGAGAAUGAGCGACAGAGAUGAUAGAAGAAUAUUUUAUCCAUUAGUGCGACAUUUCUAUCUGUCUGUCUACUAGCAAUUCACUGGGAUCUAGUGACGUCACCUGUCCAUCUGUGAUUUGAUAGGCCGCAUUGGUGUCUUAUUGGUUCUCCCACAGAAAGUGCUGCCUCCUUUCCGCGCAGGGGCCUGUAGCGAGGGGGCUUUUCUUAUAUUCCCAAAGCACUGUCUGUUUUCUUCUGUGUGCUCACAUUAUUUCACCAACUACUAAGAAAAUAAAGGGAUAGUUAUAACAAUGGCAAUUAUUCAUAAAAAAAAGGCUAAGGCAAUUACAAUAUAUUUAAAAAGUAAUGGUAGCAGGGAGCUCUCACUUGUAAAAAAAAAAAAAUGCUUAUUCACAUUAGUUCCCAGCUGGCUGGGUCGCCUUGCAGAGCCCAAACACUCUACGUACACGCAUCCAGUACACACGCACACAUAUGUACACACGGCACUGUUAAAUAUUGUGGAGGCAAGUGAUUUUUGCGAGCAUAUAUUUUUUUUUUCUUAAUAAAAGCAGGGGGGCUUGUUUCUUAACCUUCCCAAUUGGAAGUAAACAGAUUUGGCACCGGGUAUACACUGAACAAAAAAAGAAAAAUGUUGCUUAAAGUCUGUUCUCUGUUAAAAGGUUUUCUUUGUAAUGUAUUUUUGAACUGUUUAUUGGUGCGAGAUAGCGAUGUAGCACAUUUUUGGUUUUCUUAAAAAAAUAUGUAAAUGAAUAACUAAUCAUUGAAACUAUUAUAUAUUUUGUUUCGCUGUGAUACCCACUUUCAUAGGGCACAAGUUCAGAAGGAAUCCGCAUAAACAGGUUUCUAGAACUAAGAGACUAGGGAACCAAAAUAUAGAAGUAGAAAUUUAAUUUUCCGUGAUGUGCCUCCGGAAUGGUCGUGAAUUCCCUGCGAGUUCCAUACAGGUGCGCAGGAAAAUGUGUGAAGAUCCCUUACCGUAACAAGCGGUAAUAUAUUCAGGGCGGCACAUCUCUCAGAAUUUAACUGCCCCAUAAGGUUUCAUUAUCAAGAUUACUUUAGAAGCCAUUGAUGGGGUAAAGUCGAGCACUUUUCAUCAUUGGCUACAGUUGCAGGAAGAUAUACAAAAGAGUAAAUUAUUUCUAGAAGACAGAGUAAGUAUUAUCCAAGUAUAAAUUUAUUGCUAUAUGCAGUUGCCAAUCUGACGGAAAUUUGAAGGUGCCUGUUAGCUCCUCGGCCACAAGAUGGCGCUGCAGUUGUUUGCCAAGCUUAAGCUAUUUAUUUUUGCAGAAAUAGUUUUUCUAAUGAUGAUGAAGGGUGUGACCUGUAGAUUAUAAUAUUUAUCUCAUUAUAGCCCUCUUAGGGUGGCAUUUCUGGUAUAGUGUACGCACUUUGUCCACCAGCACAGUAUGUCUGAAUAACUCACAAAACCAGUGACAUUUCUAUAAAACUACCUGAUUCUUUCCGGCUCUUUAUAUUGUAUUCUGUCCCUCUUGCAGCACAAAACUUAAUAUUCAGUAUCAUUUAGAUUUUUCCAAACAGUGAAAAAUAUGGAAGAUUUAGGAGUCUUAUAUGCAAGACCUUUCUAAAAACUAGCGAACAUGAAACUGAUGUUGAAAACUGCUGAAUAACGUAACAACCCUCUCCUCUUCUAGCUCCUCUUGCUGGUACACCUUACAACUUCAAAGCAAAAUCCUGAUUGGCUGGCAUAUGGGUGACAUAAUUUCUUCUACCAGUACCCGUACAUCAUUUGUAAAUGUUGCUCACAGCUCAGUGUCACGUUAAAUGUAUAAUCUUGUAAUGAUAGGGGACCUUUGGGAAUGGUAACAUGUCAUACACUCAUAGUGCACAGAAACCACUUUAAAAUACUUUCCCCCCACACGGCGCUUAUAAAAUAUGGCACAUUCAUAUAAAUACAUAUUUUAUUCUGGAGCAAGUGUGUUUAUACUAUAAAAAUAUAGGAAUAUAUUUUAUGGACACCUAAAGGCUCUCGGGUACACCAUGUUUUUUUUUUCUCCAGAUAAGAGGAAACACUGCAGAUUUCUUGUUGGUUGUUGUUAAUGAUGUAAAGUGACAUGUGAAGUCCUCGUGUUUCUAUACCAAGAAGUACACUGCCGUGAUUCCUCCUUCCAAAGCUGUUAUGUUGCCGUUUUACACUACUAAAAGGGCAUGUUAAUAGGAAAAUAUAAGUGUAUUACCGUAUUUUUACUGUGGUUCUCUGGGGCCAGAGCUCUACAACCAAUCCCGGCAAGUACCGCCAGGCUUGGACAGUGACCAGAAGGCAGAGCUCUACCACCGAUUCCGGCAAGUACUGCCGGGUUUGGACAGUGACCAGAAGGCAGAGCUCUACAACCAAUCCCGGCACGUACCGCUGGGCUUGGGCAGUGACCAGAAGGCAGAGUACUGGACCAGCAAAGUAUGUUAACGACACGUUACUUAGCAGUUAUCCAUGACCGAAUGAAAUAAGCAGUUUGUGGUUGUAACCUUUCUUGAAGCUUAUAUAACCUAUAGUAUCAGAAUGCAGCCAACGUUGACUGUAGGAUUUCGCCCUCUUUUUGUUUUUUGUUUUCAAUCAUAGGACUGUUUUUGUUAUUUGUGUUCUUUUGCAUAUUAAAUAGAAGUGUCACAGCGGAAGAAAAAAGUAGCUAAAAGUAAGCGAUUCUUCUGCUAAGUUAUUGUUGUUUAGUUGCUAGUUUGUACCGAGAGUUGACCUCUCCCUGUGCAAGUUGUUUUAAAAAACUGUUUAAAUGACUUUUUGCUGUAACUGUGCCUCCCUCUACAUUGUAACGAUUGCUUCAGCCUACAUAAAAAAAAGAAUAAAGAAAACUGGUUAAAGGCA